AUGCAACAUUCAUGUUCACGUUCCUGUCAACAUGUCGAUGAGACAAAUGUUGGCCUAUGGAAUUUACAUACGAAAAUCGAUAAAUACAAUCUACAAUGUUACAACGAAAAACAUGAUGGUUCAGGUAAAGAAAUAUUUCGAGCAUGGGACGAACGACUUGACCGAUCAAAAGUAGUUGAAAGUGAUGAUGACCCAGAAUUACUUUUCAGUAUACCAUUUAAUGGUGCUGUGAAAAUAACAGGUCUAUGUGUGAUUGGUGAAAACGGACCAUCGCAUCCGAAUACAGUUAAACUAUGGAGCAAUUUACCUGAAUUGCGUUUUGAGAAUGCACGCGGAAAAGAGCAUCAAGAAAUUUCCCUUACAUAUGAUCCAUCGGGCACAUUAGCUUAUCAAGUCAAUCCAGCGCAUUUUUCGCGUGUAACGCAUCUCUCGUUGUAUUUUCCUUCGAAUUUCGGUGAUGAAACAACUCGCAUCUAUUAUAUUGGUCUUCGUGGUGAAUUUCUGGGUGAAGUUAAAUCUAAAAUAGUCAUUGCAACCUAUGAAUCAAAGCCACAAUUAAAAGACCACAAAGUGGACGAUUUCCUUAAAGGCAAUUAUGAAAUACAAUAA